GCCUCUAGGGGGCGACAGAGGCCGCGCUGUGUUUCCGGCUCAGCAUCACAACAACAGCUGCUAGCAGCGUUAGCUCAAAGGCGAACUGUGUUUUUUUCUGCUAAUUGGGGACAUAUUAACAGGUACGCUGGAAUUUUCUGAUACCCACUCGGACAUGUCCUAUGUCUUCAUCAACGACUCGUCGCAGACCAACGUGCCUCUGCUGCAGGCCUGCAUCGAUGGAGACCUGCCCUUCGCCAAGCGGCUCCUGGAGACGGGAUGCGACCCCAACAUUCGGGACACGGGCCGCACCGGCCUGCACCUAGCCGCCGCCCGGGGGAACGUGGAGAUAUGCCGCCUCCUGCACAAGUUCGGGGCCGAUCUGCUGGCGACUGAUUAUCAAGGAAACACGGCGCUGCAUCUGUGUGGUCAUGUUGAUACCAUACAGUUCCUGGUUUCCAACGGGCUGAAGAUCGACAUCUGCAACCACAACGGCUCCACCCCUCUGGUGCUGGCGAAGAGACGCGGCGUCAACAAGGACGCCAUCCGUCUGCUGGAAGGACUGGAGGAGCAGGAGGUGAAGGGCUUCAACAGAGGACCCCACUCCAAACUGGAGACCAUGCAGAUGGCCGACAGUGAGAGUGCGAUGGAGAGCCACUCCUUACUCAACCCCAACCUGCAGAGCAGCGAGGGGGUCCUGUCCAGCUUCAGGACCACCUGGCAGGAGUUUGUGGAGGACCUGGGCUUCUGGAGGGUGCUGCUGCUGCUGGUGGUCAUCGCCCUGCUGUCCCUGGGCAUCGCCUACUACGUCAGCGGAGUCCUGCCGUUCUCCACCAGCCAGCUGGAGCUGGUGCACUGAGGGAGGAGGCGGCGUGGUGAAGAAGACGCAUGGGUUAUGGGAGGUAGUGGAGUAAGUUCUGCUUUCCGCUGUGUUUAGACCAGAGCAGAAACCCAGAUUUGUGUUUAUUUGCAGCCCAGAUCUUUCUCGUGGUUAUCCAAACACGGAAGCAGCAUAUUGUAUUGUUGGGAAAAGUAUUCUAAAAAAGCAGCGAUCCAAAAGAACAAAACUCUCU